ACCACUUGAUCCAUCCCACACUUACAAAAAAAGACAAAGCAGAGAUUUUUCCUUCAUUUGUACUUUCAGCCGCUAGACGACUCUGCUGGAUCUCCCUUUAUGUUAUUUUUCUCUCACAGUUUCACUUCUGGUUGUAAUAUUUAGGUAAAAAUAUAAACAAAGAUUCUGGAAUUUGAAGAAGCAGCAGCCACCCAGCAGAAGCUUCUAUUUGUUGUAUAUCAGAUGAGGAGAUAAGUACAGCAAGUUAUAAAUAUUACAGAAAUUUGAGAUUACACCCAAGAUGCCAAAUGCUCUACGUGUUUGGUCCUUUGAAAAGACUCUUACUAACAAGGACAAAGAAGAUUUGUUGAAACAUUUUGGAGCCGUGACCGUUAAACAUGUUCUUAAUGGUCGAAAUGCAGCUUCAGUUGCUAGUUUCAGAAGAGAGGAAGAUUGCCAAUAUGCACUCCAGAAGCUACACCAACUGGAUGUAUUGGGGAAAAGACUUAUGGCAAUCUACAAGGAUUCUUCAGUGGGUCCAUACCAAGAGCAGCCCCACAGAUCCAUGGAGGAGACUAAGACUAAAGAGCCAAGUAGGAAAGAGAAAAUAAGAAAAAAAAUGUGUGAGUUUGAAGCCCAGUUGUGUGCAGUGGGACCAAAUGUAGGGGUCAAUCAUCCUAUACCUCCAAAUUUAAGGUAUUUGUAUCCUCCACCAUCACCCUGUGUCAUUGCCAACAUUGCUCAAACACUCGUAGCUGUUCCCAAGUUUUAUACACAAGUCUUACAUCUUAUGAACAAGAUGAAUCUCCCAACUCCUUUUGGAUCUGUUGUGAACCUUCCUCCAGUCUAUGCAAAAGUUCUGAACUUGAUGGGUUAUUAUAAAAAGACUAGUGAAGUAGAAUCACAUUUAAAUGAACAAGACAAGAAUGCAAAUAAAGAAAAGGUAAAUUUCACUGAAGGUGAUAAUGACGAGGAAGAUAAUAAAAUAGCCAGUCAUCAUGAGACAACAGAAACCGAGUCUGAAUUGGAAAGUGAUGUCGAUGAUUUUAUUAAUAGACAACAGAAAGCAUCAUUACCCAUUAGAAGGAAACUCAAGCCCAAAAAUGCCAUUAACAAAAAGCCUAAACUGUCACUGUUAAAGCAUAGUUGUGUCUCGCAUCCCCGGUCUUGUGAACCAGCCUCAGUGCAGGAUGUAUUUGAGUUCAACCAAAGUCAGGGACCAAAAAAACUACAGCUGAACCUUGAGGGAACAGUUCUACCACAAGCAGAGAAACUAGAGGAAAUUUCUCUUCAAACGGGAGGAGGAUUUGGAAAGAUAGAGUCUUCUGUGAACACUAAGAAGACAACAGAUGACUUAGUUGAAUGGGAGAGGGAGUCAUCAAAAUAUAUAACCAAAGAAGAGUUACAAGACAACUUGGUGAAUAAAGCAGACUGGCCUCUGCUAACAGUGUUCAAAAACUACAAACCCGGUGAACCCUCAACUAAACUUUAUAUCAAGAAUUUAGCUAAAACAACCAGUGAAGAAAAUUUGAAAUAUGUAUAUGGUCGUUACAUAUUUUGGCAAAAUGAUGAAGAAGCUAGUGCGUUCUCUAUACGUCUCAUGAAAGAAGGACGCAUGAAGGGACAAGCCUUUGUAGCAUUCCCAUCGGUAAAACAAGCCAGUGAAGCCUUGGAGGAUACUAAUGGCUUUAUUCUUAAUGAUAAGCCAAUGGUUGUACAGUUUGGGAAAGUCAAGACAACUUAGUUUAAAAACAAGGCAACUGCAGAGAAUGGAGGAGGGCUGGAGACAAUACCAAGACCAGAGACAUUACAGAGGACAAUUUCCGGCUUGAAAGUCAUGUAAUAAACUAAUACUGACACAUUCCUCGACAAGAGAGCGGAGUUUGUAUCAGUACUGAGGGUAUAUCAACCCAGUAUAGUAGAUGUUGUAGAACUGUUGUACAAAAACAGUAGAAUCGAACCAGAGGAAUGUGAGUUUCUUACGAGUGUCCGCAGUUAGUUUCUGUUCUUUGUAUAAAAUUCGUUGUUUCGGAUGGUGUGUGGGUGUCUUGGGCUGCUUCGCUCACUACUCGCCAACACCAACUGUGCCCAUAUUUAAGUAUUAACUUUGUUUAUUACAUUGUAUUAUGUUUUAUUGUAUUGUUUUGUUACAUUAGGUUUGUACAUGGGUUAAAUAUGUGGAAUUAAUGUCAGUAGGGUAAUUUAAAUAUAGUUUUGUCUUAGCCAAUCAGGAUAUGUUACGUCAUAAUUUGGCGGUAAAAGGUGACAUCGGUGACCAGCUGGUAGUCGGUAGUCAGUCUAGGCACAGCUGUCUUUCAGUUAAGUAAUAUAUUCUCUCUCUUUUGUUUUGGGAGUUGGCAUUUGACUAUUGUGAUUUGUGUUGAUUGAUAUUGAUAUUGUGUGAUGAUGUUGGACCUUCAGUCUUACUCAGCAACUUCCAAACAUCUUAUCGUAUUAUUGUUGUUCUAAUGUUUGUUUGUUAAUAUAAUAUUUUUAAUUAAAUCAUCUUCGUGAAUUUUAACAUACCCCAUAGUAAUGAGGUGAUAAUUUGGUGGGAUCUAUUCCUGGACCUAUGGUGAAUUUGUGAUUGUUAAACCCUAUGAGGCCAAAGGGUCGUAACAGAGUUCAAUGUACGGUAGAUGGAUAUGACUCAUCUAUGAACCCUUCCCAAGAAACUUGCUAGACAGGUGUGGUUAUCUAUGCUAGGCAAGAUAUUAGAGCCAGCCAGAUGAGGGUGCGGGGAGAUGAUGCUUUCAAAGAAUCAAAGUGGUGUAAAAUUAAACUGUUGGAUGUAUCUACAGAUCCCCAAACUGUAGCGUAUUAAAGCAUACAAACUUAAAAACCUUAAUUGACGAUGUAACAGCGCAGAACCCUAGCCACCUCUUUAUCAUGGGGGGAAUUUAAUUAUGGCGACAUCGACUGGAGAAAAGAAUCCACACCAAACGACCUAAAUAGUCCAGCCACUCUUUUCAUAGAAAUUCUGAGAAACAAUUUUCUAUUCCAACAUGUUAAAGAUCCGACUCAGUACAGAGGGGAGCAAACACCCAAGCCGCUGGUACUCAUCAUAACUAACGAGGAGGGUAUGAUGGCCGGUCUGGUGCACCUGGUCCCAGUUGGCACCAGUCACCACAUAAUGUUGUUCUUCAGAUUUAAUAAGUCACUUGAUUCAUGACAAAACCAGGUCCAGGUUCAAAUAUUACAAAAGAAAUUACAAUGGGAUGAGGGAGGAGAUGAGGAGUAUAAGCCAGUCUGACUUACUGAGGGAUAAGAAUGCAGACACUUCGCUGAAUAUCAGAGUAAGGAAAUUAAUCCAUUCGAUUGAUAAAUAUAUAUCUGAGACCAAUCCCAGUGCCUCCAGGAAUGAGACCGCUACACAUGAACCAUGCGGCGGUCGACAAAGUUAAGAAGAAAACUCAGGAUAUCGAAAGUUGGGUUAGAACAAAAAAUGAGCAGGACAGGAAGAUGUAUGCCAGAUCCAGGAACCAAGCAAAGUCAGAGUGUAGAAGGGCUGAAAAAGAGUUCCAGAGGCAGAUUGCGAGUGAAGUCAAGUCAAACCCAA